UUCGGGGCGCGCAGUGCCCAGGCGGGCCGGGGGGCAGUUGGCACGGUUUCGGAGGCCCGCCUUCCGCGCGAGAGUUGGGGGCGCCUCGGAGUUAUGGAGCCCCCCAGCUGUAUCCAGGAUGAGCCGUUCCCGCACCCCCUGGAGCCCGAGCCGGGCGCCCUCGACCAGUCGGGCCCCGGGAAGCCGGGCGACAAGCGGUUCCGGCUGUGGUACGUGGGGGGAUCGUGCCUGGACCGCAGGACCACGCUGCCCAUGCUGCCCUGGCUCAUGGCCGAGAUCCGCCGGCGCAGCCAGAAGUCCGACGCGGGCGGCUGCGGGGCCCCGGCGGCGCGCGAGGUGCUGCUGGUGCUCAGCGCGCCCUUCCUGCGCUGCGUCCCCGCGCCCGGCGCCGGGGGCGGGGGCGUCGGCCCCGCCACCGCGCCGCCCAACUCGGCCGUGUUCAUCUUUGAGCACAAGGCACAGCACAUCUCGCGCUUCAUCCACAACAGCCACGACCUCACCUAUUUUGCCUACCUGAUCAAGGCGCAGCCUGACGACCCGGAGUCGCAGAUGGCCUGCCACGUCUUUCGCGCCACAGACCCCAACCAGGUUCCAGAUGUUAUCAGCAGCAUAAGACAGUUAUCUAAAGCCGCCAUGAAAGAGGACGCCAAACCCAGCAAGGACACCGAGGACGCCUUCUACAACUCGCAGAAGUUCGAGGUCUUGUACUGCGGAAAGGUGACGGUGACGCACAAGAAGGCCCCGUCCAGCCUCAUCGACGACUGCAUCGAGAAGUUCAGCCUGCACGAGCAGCAGCGCCUGCGCAUCCAGGGGGGCCCGGGGGUCUUCGAGGAGGUGGUGCACGAUUCCCUCCCAGACAUUCUGUCGGAGGAAGGAGACGGCAACCUCCCUACCCCUGCAGCCUUACCGGCCGUCACCAGCCAGCUGGGGCUGUCCAGCUCUCGAGGGUGCUUCCCUGAGCGUAUUUUGGAAGAUUCUGGCUUUGAUGAGCAGCAGGAGUUCCGCUCUCGCUGCAGCAGCGUCACCGGCGUCCUGCAGCGCAGAGUUCACGACGGCAGCCAAAAGCCGCAGCCCAGAAGGAGACACGCCAGCGCGCCCAGCCACGUGCAGCCCUCGGAUUCGGAGAAGAACAGGACCAUGCUGUUCCAGGUUGGACGGUUUGAGAUUAACCUUAUCAGUCCAGACACUAAAUCAGUUGUGCUUGAAAAGAAUUUUAAAGAUAUUUCUUCUUGUUCUCAGGGUAUAAAGCAUGUGGACCACUUUGGCUUCAUCUGUCGGGAAUCGCCAGAGCCUGGGCUGAGCCAGUAUAUCUGCUACGUGUUCCAGUGUGCCAGCGAAUCUCUGGUGGAUGAGGUCAUGUUGACGCUGAAGCAGGCCUUCAGCACAGCCGCCGCCCUGCAGAGUGCCAAGACCAAGAUCAAGCUGUGUGAGGCCUGCCCUAUGCACUCUUUGCAUAAGCUCUGCGAACGGAUUGAAGGUCUCUAUCCCCCGAGAGCCAAGCUGGUAAUACAGAGGCAUCUCUCAUCACUGACAGAUAAUGAGCAAGCUGACAUCUUUGAACGAGUUCAGAAGAUGAAGCCAGUCAAUGACCAGGAGGAAAACGAACUUGUGAUUUUACAUCUGAGGCAGCUGUGUGAAGCCAAGCAGAAGACACACGUUCACAUUGGGGAAGGCCCGCUGACUAUUUCAAAUAGUACAAUCCCAGAAAAUGCGACGAGCAGUGGAAGGUUCAAACUUGACGUUCUGAAAAAUAAAGCAAAGAGAUCUUUAACUAGCUCCCUGGAAAAUAUCUUCUCAAGGGGAGCUAACAGAAUGAGAGGUCGGCUCGGAAGCAUGGACAGCUUUGAAAGAGCCAACAGCCUUGCUUCAGAGAAGGAUUGUUCACCAGGAGACUCGCCACCGGGGACUCCACCAGCCUCCCCACUGUCCUCAGCUUGGCACACGUUCCCCGAGGAGGAUUCUGACUCCCCACAGUUUCGAAGAAGGGCACACACGUUCAGCCACCCACCUUCGAGCACAAAGAGAAAGCUGCAUUUACAGGAUGGGAGGGCCCACGGGGUACGCUCUCCUCUUCUGAGGCAGAGCUCCAGCGAACAGUGCAGUGAUGGAGAGGGAAGAAAAAGGACCUCAUCCACUUGCAGCAAUGAAUCCCUGAACUUUGGAGGAACCCCCGUGACUCCUCGUCGAAUCUCCUGGCGGCAGCGCAUUUUCCUCAGGGUUGCCUCUCCCUUGAACAAGUCUCCUUCAGCCAUGCAACAGCAGGAUGGACUGGACAGCAAUGAGCUGCUGCCACUGUCCCCUCUUGCCCCAACCAUGGAGGAGGAACCGCUGGUUAUAUUCAUGGCUGGUGCAGAUGAUCCAGAAAUGGUAGAAGAAAGAAAAAAGUCAGAAGAACUGAGGAGUUUGUGGAGAAAAGCUAUACACCAACAAAUCUUGUUGCUUCGAAUGGAAAAAGAAAACCAGAAACUUGAAGCAAGCAGAGAUGAACUGCAGUCUAGAAAAGUUAAGUUGGACUAUGAAGAAGUUGGUGUAUGCCAGAAGGAGAUUUUAAUUACCUGGGAUAAGAAAUUGCUGAACUGCAGAGCUAAAAUCAGAUGUGACAUGGAAGAUAUUUAUACCUGCCUUAAAGAAGGUGUUCCUAAAAGUCGAAGAGGAGAAAUCUGGCAGUUCCUAGCUUUACAAUAUCGUCUGCGGCACAGAUUGCCUAAUAAACAGCAGCCUCCUGACACAUCUUAUAAAGAGCUUUUGAAGCAGCUCACCGCCCAGCAGCAUGCUAUUCUUGUGGAUUUAGGAAGGACAUUUCCGACUCACCCUUACUUCUCAGCACAGCUUGGGGCGGGGCAGCUGUCCCUCUUUAACCUCUUGAAAGCCUAUUCUUUACUGGACAAAGAAGUGGGUUACUGUCAGGGGAUCAGCUUCGUGGCCGGAGUCCUACUGUUGCACAUGAGUGAGGAGCAAGCCUUUGAGAUGCUGAAAUUCCUCAUGUACGAUCUCGGCUUCCGCAAGCAGUACAGACCCGACAUGAUGUCCCUACAGAUUCAAAUGUAUCAGCUGUCCCGGCUUCUUCACGACUAUCACAGAGAGCUCUACAAUCAUCUUGAAGAAAAUGAAAUCAGCCCCAGUCUCUAUGCUGCCCCCUGGUUCCUCACAUUGUUUGCCUCUCAGUUUCCACUAGGAUUUGUAGCCCGAGUGUUUGAUAUUAUUUUCCUUCAGGGAACUGAAGUUAUAUUUAAGGUUGCACUCAGCCUACUGAGUAGCCAAGAGACACUCAUUAUGGAAUGUGAAAACUUUGAAAACAUUGUUGAAUUUCUUAAAAACACACUGCCUGAUAUGAAUACAUCUGAAAUGGAAAAAAUUAUCACACAGGUGUUUGAGAUGGAUAUUUCUAAACAGUUACAUGCCUAUGAGGUGGAAUAUCAUGUUCUACAAGAUGAACUUCAGGAAUCUUCAUAUGCCUGUGAGGACAGUGAACCUUUGGAGAAACUGGAGAGGGCCAAUAGCCAUUUGAAAAGACAAAACAUGGACCUCCUGGAAAAAUUACAGAUAGCUCAUGCUAAAAUCCAGAACUUGGAAUCAAACCUGGAAAAUCUUUUGACCAGAGAGACCAAAAUGAAGUCUUUAAUUCGAACCCUGGAACAAGAGAAAAUGGCUUAUCAAAAGACAGUGGAGCAAAUCCGGAAGCUGCUGCCAGCGGAUGCUCUGGCCAAUUGUGAAUCGCUGCUGAGAGACCUCAACUGCAAUCCUAACAACAAAGCCAAGACAGGAAACAAGCCAUAACCCAAGAAGUGCCCUCUCAGCGAAGUGUGCUUUUAGAACACUGCACAAAUAAGGGUCUGCGUCCUGCUGGCCCCGCCCUGGACCCCCGGAGCUGACAGAGACACCCUCGCCUGGUGCUGAGCUGAGUCUUUGACGUGGACUCGCUCUCCUUAGAGUCUGCCCAUCCUAAGCCAUUGCACCUAUGCAGACUGGUUUUUGUGGUGAUGGUGUUAGUUGACUAUGUACAUACAUGUAAACGACAUGAAGAGUUCAUGCUUUCCGAUAAGGAAUAGAUGUAUAUUUAGAGCAUUUUUUAAUCAGUACUUCAUGAAGUAUGUAUGCCAUGAAGGGAAGUUAACGAGAAAUUUUCCUGGGAUACAUGUGAAAUCAUUUUAUCUUUGUAGUGAAACAAAGCUAAAGCAUCUUUGUAUAUUGAAAUAUACUUGAAAAAAAUGAAUGUAUUUUUUUUUCUCCAAAGAGCAGCAUGUUUCACUCAUUGGUGGAGAGAGAGAAACUAUGCGCAUCCAUCGAAAAACCUACUGACAUUGGACACAUGAGGAAAAUGACUGAUUGCCAGUCUCUGGCCUCUGGGUUUUUCAGGAAAAUAGGGGUUUCCUUCUCCCACCCGCUUUGUGCCAAGUAGCAUUGGUGUCUAUAUGCAUCAUGAGUCUGGUUAGGCACCGCUUUGGAUAUGCGUGACUGACGGCAGGUCUGACUACCCGCCCAGCUCAAGGUGAAAGAGAAUGUUGCUAAUUUUCUAGCAGACUAGACCAGCCUUAUUACUCAAACUAAAAAUAUCAGGCCUCAAAAAUUUAAUUUAGAUCCUGAAUUGUCUAGUUCAAACUUGUACCUUUUUAAUUACUCCCAUAUUUGUGAGCAGACUCUACUUGGUGCCAUUUUUUGGUAACAAGGAUUUGCCGCUUUCCCCCAAAUGUAGGAGAUCUGACUUAGUUUUUGCUACCUUCAAUGAAAUUAUGAUUGGUUUUUUGAAGGUGAUACGCUGUCUUAAGUACUCUUUUUUUUUUUUUGCUUGCCGUUUGACAGAAAAUGUAUGUCAACCCAUGUGAAAAUUUAUGAGAACUGUGAAAUGUUUAGGAACAAACUAGAAAUCCAUUGGGAAAGGAGAGUUGCACCAAGCCCUUCUAGAACCUGCGAUUCUGAAUUUGGACUCCUACUUUUUUCAGCCUACAGACAGCUUCGUAGAGGACAUUUGUACAUGCUGGGUGUAUGAAAGGGAAGGAAUUUUCAAAGUUCACACUCAAUUCUCCAUUUCAGAGAUGGUUCUAUGAUUGUAUCUCUGAAAGCUGGUGCAGCAUUUUUUGCCUUUCCAAACAAUAUUUAUUAUCACUGCUUUGGCAGUACUCAUGUUAUCACAGAUGGUUUAUCUGGGAUAAUUUUCUUCAAAGGGAGUUUAUUAUAACAAGCUAAAAUUCAUUGUAGGCUAGAAGAGUAAAACUCUAUAGAAACCUGGAUGACAGACAGUAAGUAUCUGCGAAUCCCCUCUACACGGUUACUCAGUGCAAUGCAAUGACUCUGUUACGAGUCAGCAUGCGUCCUAAUCCAGGCAAUUUCUUAAAAGAAUAUAAAGUCUUAUUAAUAAAGUUAAUGUAAUUCCUAGUUUCUAGGAAAUGCCAAUCCUAGGUAUCCCAUACAUUUGGAGCCACCAACUGAUUUAUUUUUUCCUACAAGUAAUAUGAUAUCAUCUUGUUACUCUCUGGUGGCAAAAAUCAAUGUGUAUAAUUACUGCGCAGGUAAUUAUGUGUGUGUGUUACCACACAAGUGGUAGCCAAGCAGUCUUCAAAUUGGGGGCAAAACUUAGCUUGCUGUUCAGUUUAAGGUAAAUUUUAUUCUGGAUGUUCCAAGUCAACAUGAGGAGUAGUAUGUGGAAUUCAGAGAGUAAGGUGACUUGAAGACAUUAUUUCUUUUGAAAAUGAAUUUCUUUUUCAUUUGUGAUUUUUAAGGAACACCAGUUAUGCUUUAUGCAUUGUUACAUCUUCAUCUGAUAAAUGUAAUGUCUAUUCAUUUCCAAUAAACACAUUACUAGAGUUUUCUUGCCUGAUUGGUUUUUGUCUCGAAUAAGAGAAGAAUCUCUUGGUUAAAGACUUUUACAAAAAUCUGCAUGGAUUGGAUUGUUGCUGCUUAGAAUUGAUUCAUUGAUAAAUCUUUCUAAGAGGAUUACAGACAAUAAACUUAAGAAACAUUUGUGA